AUGGCAGUGGCAGGUCCCCCAGAGGGCGCCGACAACGGACCCAAUCCUGAAGCCCCAUGUGGGGGAUGUGGAGCGGUGCCAGAAGCUGUUGCGCCUGAGUGCCGCAUCCAAGAGGACGAAGGGGGAGUGGGGCACCAGCAACACCAACACCAGCAGCACUUGAAGCAACAGCAGCACCAGCAGCGGCUUCCCUCCUCCGCUGGCAACGAGACACUUGAGACCGGAGGAGACACGUGUUCAUCCUCCGCGCCGGGGACCGCAGCAGCGGCGCCCGCGGGACCAACGGCGACGGCAGCUAUAGCAGCAGUUGCAACACUAGCGGCUGCAGCAGUAGCAGCAGCAGAGGUGGAGGAUGAGGAGUUGGGCCGGCGGGCGCCGCCGCCAGAUUCUGACGUCGACAGCCGCUGGAACGUGUCUGGGGAUACCCAUACUCAUGACCGAACACCGCUGCCUGAGGACCACGAGGCCAUGAGCGCGGCUGGGCCAAGAACUGGUGGCGCGGGUGGUGGGGAGACAGAUGGCUAUCUUGACACGGCGGCUGCGGCUGUAGCUGCCAUGACGGCUAAGCCAUCUUCGGGCUGGGGCUGGGGUUCCGCUGGAGGUGGCGGCGGCGACGGAGCAGCCGCGGCGGCAGGUUGCCGUACAGCUGCUGGCGGCGGCCGCGCCACCGCCGUGAAAGAUUACCAUUUGGAGCCCCGGGGCGGCGGCGGCGGCGGCGGCGGCGGGGGGGUUUUUGGCAGCGAUGACGCCGGUCCGAAUGCGAAUGAGACGGACGCUGCGUUACGUGCGUUGUUAGGGGAGUGUAGGCAUGUGAUUGAGGUGUACGGCUUGACUACGGAGAUCCGUACAUCACAUUUGCAGGAGUUCGUAUCUGAAUUCGCGUCCCAGGUGGAUCAGGAGCUCUUUCAGCUGCGUCCCUUUGCAGAGGCAUCCGCCGCAUCUCAGGCGGUUGCCGCGGCAGAGCUGCUUCCCCCCCGGGAGCGACCCAAGACCACUGCGGCAGUUGCCAAGCGGUUGCUGAGUCAUGCUCUGGGUAUGAGUCAGCUGCGGGACAAGGAGGCCGAGAGGAACUUGGCGCAGCAGCGGAAGGCGAGGGCGGGUUGCUGCCCGGAGAGGGGGGGAAAGAGGAGGGAAGGGGGGGAAUGCGGAACUGGCGGGGGAAAAGGGGGGAGAAAGGGAGGGGGGAAGGGAGGAAAGGCGGAGGUUGUUGUGGCUACUCAAGCGGAGGCCGCUCGGGAGGCCCGGCAGGAGCGGGAAAGAAAGGUAGCGGCCGCGUGGGACGACGACUAG